GGCACGGUGCGGUAUUGUGAUCGAAAUGUUAUCCCCGUAGUUUCCGUGUUCCGAUUCGGUUAUACGCGAGACAUUUAUUUCCCGAGUCGUUCCUAAGAUAUAAGUCGUAUCGUCGAGCGGGGACGGGAAAAAAUUAAUAUGUAGAACGCGAGUUGGCGGGAAGUUUUCAAAUGUGAUCGUGGCCCACGCGUGUAGUUUGUGUCAGUCGAUUUGUGAAUUAUUGCCGACCUUCGCGAAGGUUUACCUCGUUUUUACAUCGUGCCCACGUGUGCAGCUUGGGUCAGUCGAUUUGUGAAUUACUGCUGAUCUUCGCGAGGAUUUGCUUCAUUUUUACAUCGUGGCCCCCGUGUGCAAUUUGUGUCAGUCAAUUUGUGAAUUAUUGCCGACCUUCGCGAAGUUUUACCUCAUUUUUACAUCGUGUCCACGCGUGCAAUUUGUGUCAGUCAAUUUAUGAAUUACUGCCAACCCUCGCAAAGGUUUACCUCGUUUUUACAUCGUGCCCACGUGUGCAACUUGUGUCAGUCGAUUUGUGAAUUACUGCUAAUCUUCACGAGGAUUUGUCUUAUUUUUACAUCUUGGCCCACGCGUGCAGUUUGUGUCACUGAAUUUGUGAAUCGCUGCCGAUCUUCGGGAGGAAUUACCUCAUUUUUACAUCGUAUCCACCACGUGAUGGAGCAGGGCGAGUUUGUAGUGACCAGCCUACGGCAAGAUUGCAGGUCAUAUGUCAAAAGGCGAUUUCCAAUACUCAGUUGGUUACCCCGGUAUAAAAAAUCAUGGGUCCUUCAAGAUAUGCUGGCUGGUAUUACAGUCGGCUUAACAGCAAUACCACAGGGCAUUGCUUAUGGAAUAGUCGCUGGUUUAAAUCCCGAGUAUGGACUUUAUGCUGGCUUCAUGGGACCAUUCGUGUACAUCCUUUUUGGAUCCUGUGAUAACAUCACGAUUGGCGCUACUGCUAUUAUGGCACUAAUGGUCCAGCCUCUCGUAACGAGACUUGGACCGGACAUGGCAGUCCUGAUUUGCUUCCUCAAAGGAUGUAUCAUCACCCUCCUAGGGAUAUUUCAUCUAGGUUUCUUGCUGGACUUCAUAUCACUGCCUGUAAUAACAGGGUUCACCACUGGUGCUGCUCUUAAUAUCGCUGCCGCUCAAUUUAAAUCCCUCCUCGGGAUUGCUGGAAAAAGUGAAUCCUUCCUGGAUUCUCUGAUCUCUAUAGUGAAGAAUAUUAAACAAGUUGAAUGGACGGAUUCGUUACUCGGCUUCGGCACCAUCGCUUUUUUGGUCCUUUUAAAGAAUUUGCCGGGACGGAGAAGUGGGACGUGGGCGCAGAAAGUCAUGUGGAUGACCACGUUAUCACGGAAUGCAGUUGCAGUUCUGAUAGGAACUGUCAUGGCUUAUAUCUUCUAUAUCAACGGCGAAACACCCUUCCGGCUAACAGGAACCCUAGGCGAAGGGCUUCCACCGCUCUCUCUGCCGCCCUUUUCGACGACAUUUAAGAAUCAAACCUACGACUUCCUGGAAAUGACGUCGGCAAUGGGACCGACUUUGAUCACGAUGCCGAUCAUCUCCACUAUCGAGCACAUCGCCAUCGCCAAGGCUUUCGCCAUGGGGAAGUCGUUGGACGCGACACAAGAGAUGCUGGCACUGGGACUGACCAACAUCCUCGGGUCCUUCGUCAGAUCCAUGCCCGUCACAGGAUCCUUCACCAGGACGGCCGUGAACCACGCCUCGGGGGUGAGGACUCCUCUAGGAGGGUUCUUUACAGGUGCUCUGGUAUUACUUGCAGCUGGACUACUAACAUCCACUUUCCGUUUCAUCCCCAAAGCAACUUUAGCCGGUGUUAUCACGUGUGCCAUGUACUACAUGCUGGACUUCAAAACGUACAUGCUACUUUGGCGGGCCAAAAAGACCGACUUCUUAGUAAUGUCAAUCACGCUGCUGAGCUGCGUGUUUCUGGGCCUGGAAAUGGGAAUCGGCAUCGGAAUCGCGAUGAACCUAGCCCUGCUUCUCUAUUUCUCAGCAAGACCAUCCAUCGUAAUGAAGGUGGAACAGGUCGAUGGUCGUAAAACAAUUCAUGUGGUGCCGGAAGAGGCGGUAACGUUUCCGGCAGCGGAAAAUCUCCGCAUUAAUGUAAUGAGGUUGUCGGAGGAAAACCUUGGCAACGUUAUCCUGGACUGCAAGAACCUGAAGAGGAUCGACGUUACCGUAGCGAAGAAUAUCAAACUCCUGGCGAACGACCUUUCGCUUCGAGGACAGGAAGUCUUGUUCAUUAACUGUAGUAAGGAAAUAGACAAUGUCCUCAGGGCAGUGGCUCCAGAAUUGUCAAGUAGAUUCAGAAGCGGUAACGAGAUCUACUGAAUGAAACCCACGAAGUCCUCCAACUUGUAUCGUGGACGUGAUACCGCGAUAGUGAAACUGAAAUUAAUUUGAUACGUAAGUUCCGUCAUGCGACAUUCGCGCAUGAUCGUAAUUAUUGCACGACGAGAAACAAGAACAGCUCCCGAUAAGCUCCCUGAAAUGAACAGAAAGGAGGAUUCUUUACGUGAUGUGAAAGUAACUACACAAGUCUCGUUUAUGAAACUUGUCUCUGAACUGGGUGUAUCGAAUCGUAUCAAACUUUAUAAAGUGAACAU